GCUUAUCAGUACCUUUUGUGAAUUGUGAUAACAAGGUUUCAGAAUUUAGAAAGUAGAAGCGUUUGUUUCAGUUAUUUCUUAUUUGGUAUUAGUUUUACGAAUUGAGUAGUGAAUAUAUGUAAUGAUUUUUCUCUUGUUAACUAUGUUCAAUUUGUUUCUUCAAAAGACGAAGAAAAUUAUAGAAAAAAAUACACUGGACCAAAAUGCUCUCUCGUUUAAGAUUGACCAUCUCAAUCUCCAUCGAAAUAAUGUUUACGAAAACAAAAGUAACGUCACUCAACUCAAAGAAUUAGUUUAUGACAUCAUCAAGACCAUUAAAGAUCCAGAGAAACCUGCAACAUUGGAAGAUCUAGAAGUGGUUCAUGAAGAAGAUAUCUAUGUGACUGAAACACCAACGCAAAGCACCCGACUGAUUCGAAUAGAAUUCACUCCUACUGUACCUCACUGCAGUUUAGCUACGUUGAUCGGAUUAUGUAUACGAGUAAAAUUAGAAAGAAACCUGACUGAAAGAUAUAAGUUGGAUAUCUACGUUAAGAAAGGCACACAUUCGACAGAGGAUGAAAUUAAUAAACAAGUUAACGAUAAGGAAAGAGUCGCAGCUGCCAUGGAAAAUCCCAAUUUAUUGAAAAUCGUUGAAAAUUGCAUCGAAGAAAAAGAGUAAUUUGUUACACCUAAUGAGUGCCAUUUUCAUUUGUGAUAAACUUUUAUUAUUAAUUUUUGAAAUAACUUGUAUCAAUUGAAAUACGUUGUUGACUUUUAAUAUGAAUGUACCUACUGUGUAUCUAUUAUUUUUAUUCUCCUUUUCAUUGUUUUUUCUAAACUAAAAUCAAGAUAUUUUCAACUUGAAAAUUUGUAUUCAAUUUUAAUUUUUGAAUUAUUGUGCAAUUAUGUGUGUUUUUUUAUCAUUUCAUUAUUACUAUUAUACUAUUAGUUUAGAAAGUAUCUAUCAAAACAUCAAAAAAAUUUAAAAUCAAUAUGUAAGUAGUAUUUAUUUGUAGAUUGUAGAUUAGCCCAUCUCUGUUGAAUUGUAUGUAGAGAAUAGAGAUGAUAGGAAAGUCUGGAAAUUUAUGAAAAAAAAGUUGUUGUAAAUGACGAGAAAAUGGUAAAAAAAAGCGUUGAAUUUUGAAUUUCUGUGAAAUAUUUAUAAAAUUGUUUAGAAUGAAGGAAAAUUUCAAAAAUUUGCAAAUAAUUGGAAAUUUAUCACUACCAGUUGUAGUUGAUAAAUGAAUUAUUUUCAAACUGACAUUUUUCACAAAAUAGGCAUGGACUUCCUCAUAUUUUGAAUAAAUAAAAUAAAAUAUAAAUUUCCAGAAACUUUCUGGGAAGUUUCCGCAAGUUUUCAUAAUUGAAAAUAUAAAUUACGGUACUAGAAAAUAAUCAUCCCUAUUCGAUGUUUCCUUUUAAAUUUCGCCUUUCGGUGCAAACUGUGAAGAUAAUUUUUUGUUUUCAAUUUUUUACGAUGGUGUAAGUAAACUGUAAAGCCUAACGUGUAAGUAAUGCGAAUGGAAUCAAUAAAAAAAUAAUUAUUAUUGACAGAAA